CAGUACAGUUUCCUGCUCACUGAAAAUCAUAAUUUGGCCAAUAGGGAGUCACUAUUUUUCCGGAAGGCGGGACAUAGAGGCAAAACGUUUCAUAUCAGCAAAUCAGUACCCGACUUAUAUUUUGACGUCAUAUUCUAGUUUGGUUGGCCUGUACCCAUGUGGGUUAAGUGUUGAUUUGCUUAUAGAGAGACUUGUGGAGUUAACUAUAUAUACAAUAAUCGUUUUUAAAACGGUACUAGUUUCGGGUGACGAUGUCUUCGUCGUUCUUCAAAAAGACAAAAGAAAAAACAAAAUUAGGCAAAAGGGGGAGAAAUGCUGCGGCACCAACACAAAAAGGUGAUUCGGGUGCUAAAGGCAAAGUUCAAAAGAAGAAACACGGCUCUAGAUAUAAUGAAGAGAUUUCCAGCGACUCGGAGCCAGAGAGUCCUGUAGUGCCCAAAAGAAAACAAACUAAGGAAGAACCUGAAUAUGACGAAACGCCACAGGAGAAGAAACUGAGAUUAGCCAAACUUUACCUUGAACAGCUCAAAGAAGAAGAGGAAAACAAAGCAGAAGAAGAUUCAUUUGCGACUGAUCUGAUAGCUGGAAGACUUCAAGAUGAUGUGCUUGAACAGAAAGGAAAACUACAGCGAUUUAUUGCCAAAGAUGUUAUUGUACCUGAUGCGUCAGAGAUCAGGAUGUUUAGAGGACACAAACUUCCAAUUACCUGUCUGGUCAUCACCCCUGAUGAGAAGUGCAUCAUCUCUGCUGCCAAAGACUGCUCCAUUAUUAAGUGGGAUGUUAAGAGUGGCAAGAAAUUGCAUACGAUUCCUGGUGGAAGAAAAGGUACCGAAGAUCGGCAUGUAGGACAUACGGCUCAUAUCCUGUGUAUGGCCAUAUCAUCAGAUGGAAAAUACUUAGCCACUGGAGACAUGAACAAACUGAUCAUGAUUUGGGAGGCUGAGACAUGCAAACAUCUGUACAAGUUUCCAGGACACAAAGGCCCAGUGUCGGGUCUUUCAUUCAGGAAGGGAACUCACGAUCUGUACAGUGCCUCUCAAGAUCGCUCAGUCAAGGUUUGGAACGUGGCUGAGAAUGCAUAUGUGGAAACUCUCUUUGGGCAUCAAGAUUCCAUCACAGGACUGGACAGUCUGAGCCGAGAGCGCUGUGUGACUGCAGGAGGACGUGACGGAACCGUGAGAGUGUGGAAGAUCAUAGAGGAGUCUCAGCUGGUCUUCCAUGGCCAUGCGGGAUCCAUAGAUUGUAUCCAGCUUAUAAAUGAGGAGCACAUGAUAACAGGAGCUGAUGAUGGCUCUGUAUGUCUUUGGAGUGUCAACAAGAAGAAACCCCUCACUACCGUGAAGAAGGCUCACGGUUGCUAUAGUGAUACAGAGCUGGAGCAGCCUCACUGGAUCUCUUCAGUAGCAGCUGUACACAACUCUGAUCUUGUUGCUUCAGGUACCUCUAGCUGCUCUCACAAUUCAAACAUUCAGCUGUGGAAGUGUGGCCAUAAUUAUCGUUCACUGGAGCCUCUCUUCAGUGUACCAGUGUCUGGUUUCGUCAACAGCCUGAAAUUUUCAAGCUCUGGUCAGUUCUUGGUUGCAGGAGUCGGACAGGAGCACAGGCUGGGCCGAUGGUGGAGACUGAAAGAGGCCAAGAAUGGAAUCUAUGUUAUUCCCCUCAAAAGGAAACGGGAUCAGGAGGCUGAUGAGACUGAUGACUAGCUGACUGUUUAGCACCUUUUUUAUGCAAAUUAAAGAUUUAAAACCCA